AUGACAUUCGGAGAUAUCACUUUGUUGGCAGAGGAUGAGUAUCUUAUUCCACGCUGUAUUCUCUGUGGGGCCACUAAGCCGUUAACGGUUCGCAUAAAGCCAGCCACAUGCGCUGCUCGGGUUUUGAGCAUUGAUGGAGGUGGACCGCGUGGUGUUAUCCCACUUGGGAACCUUGAGAUCCUGCAGGAACUCUUGGGUUCCGAUUUACCCCUUUGUGACAUGAUUGAUCUUGUAGUGGGUUGCAGUUCUGGUGGGCUCAUAGCACUCUCAAAGUUUAUGCUUCGCAUGGACAUCACAUCUUGCAAUGCCCUCUUUCAAGAUUUGGUUAAAAAGGUGCUUUCGCCAGCAAGAAAGAAACGAUUGCUUCGAUCAUGGCUAUCAGAUGGUUUGUAUGAUGUCAAGGCUCUUGAAGAUGCUUUACAGGAUCAUUAUGGCGCGACAAGGCGCAUGUUUGAUACACCACAGGCUUGUAUAUCGGCUGGGAAGGUCGCUGUAUCCGCAAGCGACAUCAAGAUGGGGGCUCCGUUCAUAUUCACCAACUACAACGGGGCAGCGCCUCAUAGGGCUCAAUCAGCUUAUGGGAGGCUUCGGCCUGACAGUGCAAGCGAACCGCGUGUUUGGCAAGUAGCUCGUGCUACUGCUGCUGUUCCAUGCUUGUUUCCUACUAUUGAAAUUGACGGGGUUGGAUCCUUCCAAGACGGCGGUAUGAGAAGACAUAACAAUCCAAUCAACCUCGCUCUCUCAGAGGCAAAGCAUCUGUGGCCGAAUUGCCCCAAUCCCGAUGUUUUCAUUUCCCUUGGGACAGGAUCUGAAACUGAAAGCCUCUCUCCGACGGUCCCGCGGUUCCGCAACGUACUUCUGGACGGGUGGCUUCCACGUAUCUAUCGGUCCGUCUCUUCGUCUUUCGAGGGCCAAAAUAACUGGAAGGAAUUUCUGGGGGUGGUCGAUGAUACCCAUCGAGAGAAUUACUUUCGCUUUGACUUGUCUAUCCCCGGUGGAUUACCUAGACUGGACGAUACCGAAUGUAUGGAUAGGCUGUCAAAGCUUGUCCGCGCUAAUCCAUUAGGUGACCGAACACAGAGAGAUGCGGUCAUCUCGUUACUUGCCACGUCUUUCUUCUUUCGCCUUGAUGCCAAGCCGGAGUAUUUUUCUGGUCUAAUACAAUGUGUUGGUUCAAUUCGCUGUCGAGCUCCAGCGCGGCAUGUCAUUGGAUGUCUGGACAAGCUUGAUUCUACCGCUAAGGAAUUCUAUAAAGAUGGAAUAAAUUUGGGUCUUCAAUUAACGACUGAGGAUAUUUGCCAGCAUUGCGAUCGAUACUUCCGACCAGUGCGAUUCGUCGUCCGGGACGUGAAGGACACUUUCACGCUAUCACUUCGGUUUGGUGGCCAGCCACACCGACUCAGUGCCUUCCCAAACAAGGUACAAUGGUUCACAGAACAACAAGGACUGGAAUGGAGUUUUGGAUCCCUUGAUCAUAAGUUAAACUCUCGUGGAGGUUGUCCUAUCUGUGAAGGGCAGCAAGCCGGGAGGCCCAGGAAAAGGAAGUAUGCAGAUAUCUGA